UCUGCUGACCCCACUCUGUCAUUUUAUGUGGCCUACCACUUCGUGGCUGAGUUGCUGUUGUUUCCCAGUUGCUUCCACUUUGUUAUAAUACCACUAACAGUUGAUGGUGGAAUAUUUAGUAGCAAGGAAAUUUCAUGGAUGGACUUAUUGCACAGCUGGCAACCUAUCAUGGUACCACGCUUGAAUUCACUGAGCUCCUGAGAGUGACCUAUUCUUUCACAAAUGUUUGUAGAAGCAGUCUGCCUGCCUAGGUGCUUUUAUACACCUGUGGCCAUGGAGGUGAUUGGAACACCUGAAUCCAAUGAUUUGGAGGGCUGGCCCA